GGGAAAGUGAACGGAGCCGGAAUCAAAGCGGCGCAUCCAGGUGGGGUGUCUGAGGAAGAGGGAAGGCAGGCGAUGCCCAGGGCCUGAUUGGCGGCUCCGCAACUCCGGAAGCAGGCAGCGGCAGAGAGGGAAUGGUGCGGGGAGGCGCCGAGAACGAGGCGCAGUCUGUCCGUCUCAGGGUUAGUGAAUGAGGCUCUCUGCCCGGGCCGGCCCGGGGACUGCGCGCUCCGGGUCCCAGCAUGAGCGCGGGCCCCGGCUGUGAGCCCUGCAGCAAGCGACCCCGCUGGGGCACCGCCGCAAGUUCUCCGCCGGCCGCCUCGGACGCCCGGAGCUUCCCCGGCAGGCAGAGGCGCGUCCUCGACCCCAAGGACGCCCCGGUGCGGUUCAGGGUCCCACCGCCCUCGCCCGGCUGCGUCCCGGGGCGGGCGGGACCGCACAGAGGCGGCGCCACCUCGCUUGUUUUCAAACAGAAGACCAUUACCAGUUGGAUGGACACCAAAGGAAUCAAGACAGCUGAACCAGAGAGUUUGCAUAGUAAAGAAAACAACAAUACAAGUAUAGAAUCCAUGAUGAGUUCUGUACAAAAAGAUAACUUUUACCAACAUAACUUGGAAAAAUUGGAAAAUGUUUCUCAGCGAAGUCUUGAUAAACCAGCUGUUGAGAAAAGUACACAGUAUCUGAACCAGCAGCAGACUGCAGCUGUGUGUAAGUGGCAGCAUGAAGGCAAACAGUCGGAGCAGCAUUUGGACGGUGAGCCUCCCACAGUCACUCUGCUAUCAGAGCAGUUCAGUAAUGCUAACACGGAGCAGUCACCCCAAACUGAGGAUCCCAGUGACACAGACGACGACGAAGAUAGAGAUAAUCAACAAUUUUUGACACCUGUAAAGCUUGCAAAUGCAAAGCAGACUACAGAAGACGAGCAGGCCAGAGAAGCCAGAAGCCACCAGAAGUGCGGCAAGUCUUGCUGUUGCAUGGAAGGCUGUGCAGGUUGUCAGCAGGAAGAAGCAGACGUGGUGCCAGAGAGCCCGUUGUCAGACGUCGGCUCUGAGGAUGCUGGUACUGGACUGAGCAGUGACAACAGACUGAGCACACGAGAGGGGAGCCUGGGAAGUUCUCCUCCAUUUGAAAAGGAAAGUGAACCUGACUCACCCAUGGACGUAGAUAACUCCAAAAACAGUUGUCAAGACUCGGAAGCGGAGGAAGAGACGAGUCCCGGCUUUGAUGAACAAGAAGAUGGCCGCUCCUCCCAGACAGCUAUUAAACUUCCAAGGUUCCAAGCUAAAGAAGCCGACGCAGAGUUCAGGAAGCGGUGUUCUGCUAAGGGAGGUGAAGGUAGAUCGCAUUUCCAGUUUGAAGGAGAGAGCCAUGCAGGAAUGAAUGAUUUGAAUGCCAAGCUACUUGGAAACACUUCUAGCCUGAAUGUGGAAUGCAGAAAUUCCAAACAACAUGGGAAGAAGGAUUCUAAAAUCACAGACCACUUCAUGAGAAUGCCCAAAGCAGAGGACAGAAGAAAAGAACAAUGUGAAAUGAAACAUCAAAGAACAGAAAGGAAGACCCCUAAAUACAUGCCACCUCACCUUUCUCCAGAUAAGAAGUGGCUUGGAACGCCUAUGGAGGAAAUGAGAAGAUUGCCUCGGUGUGGGAUCCGGCUGCCCCCCUUGAGACCGUCUGCCAAUCACACAGUAACUGUGCGGGUAGAUCUCUUGCGAGCAGGAGAAGUUCCUAAACCGUUUCCAACACAUUAUAAAGAUUUGUGGGAUAACAAGCAUGUUAAAAUGCCUUGUUCUGAACAAAACCUCUACCCUGUGGAAGAUGAGAAUGGGGAGCGAACAGCAGGGAGUCGAUGGGAGCUCAUUCAGACUGCACUUCUCAACAAAUUCUCACGACCUCAAAACCUAAAGGAUGCUAUUCUGAAAUACAAUGUGGCGUAUUCUAAGAAAUGGGACUUUACAGCUUUGGUUGAUUUCUGGGAUAAGGUACUUGAAGAAGCAGAAGCUCAACAUCUGUGUCAGUCCAUUUUGCCCGACAUGGUGAAAAUUGCACUCUGCCUGCCAAAUAUUUGCACCCAGCCAAUACCACUCCUGAAGCAGAAGAUGAAUCAUUCCAUCACAAUGUCACAGGAGCAGAUUGCCAGUCUUUUAGCUAAUGCUUUCUUCUGCACAUUUCCACGACGAAAUGCUAAGAUGAAAUCAGAAUAUUCUAGCUACCCAGACAUUAACUUCAAUCGGUUGUUUGAAGGACGUUCACCAAGGAAACCAGAGAAGCUUAAAACGCUCUUCUGCUACUUUAGAAGAGUCACAGAGAGAAAGCCUACUGGGUUGGUGACAUUCACAAGACAGAGUCUUGAAGAUUUUCCCGACUGGGAAAGGUGCGAGAAACCCCUGACACGGCUGCACGUCACUCACGAGGGCACCAUAGAAGGGAAUGGUCGCGGCAUGCUACAGGUGGAUUUUGCAAAUCGUUUUGUUGGAGGUGGUGUAACCAGUGCAGGACUUGUGCAAGAAGAAAUCCGCUUUUUAAUCAAUCCCGAAUUGAUUGUUUCACGGCUCUUCACUGAGGUGCUGGAUCACAAUGAAUGUCUUAUUAUCACAGGUUCUGAACAGUACAGUGAAUACACAGGCUAUGCUGAAACGUAUCGCUGGGCCCGGAGCCAUGAGGAUGGGAGUGAAAGGGACGACUGGCAGCGGCGCCACACUGAGAUCGUUGCCAUCGACGCCCUUCACUUCAGACGCUACCUCGAUCAGUUUGUGCCUGAGAAAAUGAGACGGGAGCUUAACAAGGCUUACUGUGGAUUUCUCCGCCCUGGAGUUUCCUCAGAGAAUCUUUCUGCAGUGGCCACGGGAAACUGGGGCUGUGGUGCCUUUGGGGGCGAUGCUCGGCUGAAAGCCUUACUUCAGAUCCUGGCAGCUGCUGCAGCCGAGCGAGACGUGGUUUAUUUCACCUUCGGGGACUCGGAAUUGAUGAGAGACAUUUACAGCAUGCACACUUUCCUCACUGAGAGGAAACUGACUGUUGGAGAAGUGUAUCAGCUGCUGCUGCGGUAUUAUAACGAAGAGUGCAGAAACUGCCCCGCCCCCGGCCCGCACAUCAAGCUGUACCCCUUCAUAUACCACGCAGCUGAGUCCUGCACAGAGACCCCCGACCCAGCCGGGCAAAGGCCAGCGACCUGAUGAGCAACAAAGAGAACCUCCUCCUGCCUCUCUCCAGAGACUUGCUGUUUGAAUUGUCAGGGGAAUGGAUGAACUGACUCAAGUUAAUAUAAAUGUGUAUAUAAUCCACAUUUGUAAUCCAGGACGCGGUGUCCCUCCCACGUGUGUGGCGGUCGGCUUGUCAGUCUUAAGCGCCACUCCAUCCUGAUUAAGGUGGGCCUAGUUGUGUUUUCUUUCCAUUUUCUUGUAUUUCAAUCUUCAUUCUCUGAAUCUUCUUUCUUUCACCCAUCUCAUUUCUUGUGGAAAGCCACAACGGGUUGUUCCCAGCCUGUCUCUGUCUCCAUGCCUAUAUGAGCUCAUAUAUUUUACAGAUUGCUUCUGUAGCCAGCGGAUGCCAGCCAUGCCAGGGAAGAAGUCGAAAUCCAGGAGUCUGUUUCACUGGGUUUGCUCAAAAUCUCCCUGUGAGCCUUUCACCCCCAGCUGUUGUUAUGCUUGCACUGUUUGAAUUUUGAAAAUUGAGAAUUGGAGGUUUUUUCAUACACGUGGCAUAAUGCAGGCCUUCUAGGUUAAAACAGUUCUUUAUUUAUGACAGGAUAAUAUCCAGAAAUGGUUCCUUGGAGCCCUUUACCUGUAAUGGUUUCUCAGUCCCUUGUCCCCUGAUGAGUGUUAUUGAUGACUGGUUCUGGGGACUGACUGAGAUGAAAGGAAAUGUGGAAUAAAAGAGGGCUUUGCUUCGAUGGUGUAAAGAAAUCAGAUUUGAGGGAGGUUUUUUGUUUCUUGAGAUUCUUUUCCUUUGUAAGUCAGGAUCGACGUUUGCUCUGUGGUGCUUUAGGUAUAUGCUCACAACCAAAGUUUGGGAACUGGAAACUUCACGCUGAUCUGCGCCUCUUGGAGUUUCUGUGCUGUUCACAGGCUAUGUAGCUAACAGAUUCAUUGAGAAAAAUCAUUUAUCAGAAACCCCCGUAUCAUCUGUGCUUUGUGUAUAUGUAAACAUGUCCACUUCAGUGUGUCGACAUGUGAGCAGAUAAACUCCAAGUAAAACUGGAGUAGUGACGGACGGUAGGCUGAGGCUUUCCUCAUUUACAGUUGUGUCCGUUUGAGGCUGGCACCGAGCGUAAAUGAUGAUGCUUUUUCACUUGUUAAAGUGCAGUAGAGCUUCCUUACAGAAGCACGCGCUUAGAUUUCCAGAGCAGUCCCGGGCUUUCCAGACGGCUACCCGGGAGGGCGCCUCAGCAGGUGGUCUGCGUUCCCACUGUCAGCGCCGGCAGGGAAAGGGGGUCCUCAGCCAGGGUCCCUAACUCUCUUUGUCUGUGUAAAGACCUGGCACCUGAAGGCAGCCGCUUGUCACCAAUGGAGCUUACCACCAGGCUAAGAUUGCCCGACAGCGUGCAGAUCCGAGGAGCCUGCCGUUCUUCUGCCAGCACUCACGUCUCUGUCCUUCCCAGCCCACUCUAUGCCUUGGUUAAGCAUUCGCGGGCGUAUUUCCUUUCCACGUUUUUUGCCAUCCCCAUGCUCUGCUCGUCUAACCGUAAGACCAGGGGGACAGUUCUUUAAGAUGUUUCCUGAACAGAAUAGAUGGGUUUUCAUGGUAGAGAAAUCACUAAAUCCAGGUUAGCAGAGCCCUGAGCCCACCAUUCCAGAACACAGAAGCCAAGACUGCUCCGGGUGCUGUCGACCCCACCGCCUCCUUGCUGUCAAGGGGUUCCUGAGAGGAAUCCCAGUUGUUCCGGCAGAGAGACAGCUAUGCAGGUGGAGACAUGGACAGAACUUGAGGGGGGCAGAAAGUGGAGAGGACUCGGUACUUUGUCCUUAAAUGCUUUCUGCAAAAAUAAAAAAAUCAAACAUCUAA